GCAAGAAAAAGAGGAAAAAAAAAAAAAAAGCAAGAAACGAAAGAAAUCUGCUCUACCCCUUCACAAAAUAUCCUUCUUAGGAAACAAAGAGCAAAGUUUCUUGACCGCCGACUGAGCAUUGUCCUUGAACUUUUGUGAUUUUUCACAGCUAUGGCCAGUACCGGGCAACAUGUGGCAAAUGAUGCUGCAUCUUCUCUGAUAGAGCAGCUUUGCAAGGCAGUUCUUGAACUGGAAGCUUGCAAGGAUGCUUCUGAGGACAAGGUUCAAUGGACAGAAAUUGAACAACAUUUCCGCAAUCUUGAUAUGACAUUAAAGAAGAAAUCUGAAGAGCUAGAAGUUAAGGAGAAGGAAUACGAGGAGAAAGAAGCUGAAACUCGUGCAUUGAUUUCUGAGAGGGAGGCAGCUGUUGCUUCUAAGGAACAAGACUUCUUGGAUCGAGUGCAGGAGCUGAAAGAUGCUGCUGUUGCUGCCAUUGCAGAGGCACGUGCAAAUUUCCAACCAACAAUUGUGGAACCGCUUAAUGCUGGGGACAACAAAGACACCAAGGUAAGCAGCCCUGUUGGUGAUACAUACUCUACUGAUGAGGACUUUCCUCAUAAAACAGGUGAAAAUACUGAAAAUGUGGCUGCUGAUGUUAAGCCGCGUCCAGAGCUGACGCAAUUUUGUGAGCAAAUGGAUGCAAAAGGACUUCUUAAUUUUAUAAUGGAGAACCAGAAAAAUCUAUAUGCCAUUUGUCAGGAACUUCCUGUUGCACUAGAAAGUGCAAGUGAACCAGCCCGUUUGGUGCUGGAUUCAUUGGAGGGGUUUUACCCUCCUGAUGAAACAACCCAAACGGGGGAUAAGAGGGAUGCUGCCCUUCAGGGCAUGCGCAAAUCCUGUGUUGUCUUAAUAGAAGCCAUGGCUGCCUUUUUGGCCAGAAUUGACCCCGGUGCUGAUCACCUUCUGAACCUUGAAACCAAGCAGCAAGCCAAGGCAAUUGCUGAUGAGUGGAAACCUAAGCUGUCUAGUGCAGGCAGUGACACUGCCAAUGGCAAUUCCUUGGAAGCAGAGGCUUUUUUGCAGCUCCUUGCUACUUUUAGGAUUUUUUCAGAGUUUGAUGAAGAAGAACUCUGCAAGCUUGUUGUUAUAGUUGCUCACCGCCGGCAGGCACCUGAGCUAUGUCGUUCCAUUGGGUUAACACAGAAAAUGCCAGCUGUUGUUGAGUUGUUGAUUAACGGUGGGAGACAAAUAGAUGCUGUACGAUUUAUUCAUGCCUUCCAGCUUACUGAAAGCUUUCCUCCUGUGCCCCUCUUGAAGACGUACUUGAAGGAUUUGAGGAGAAAUUCGCAAGGGAAGAGUGGGAACUCUGGUGGCGCUGCUGGUGCACAGGGUGAUGUAAAUGCACAAGAACUUGCAGCGUUGAGGGCUGUGAUAAGAUGUGUUCACGAGUAUGGGCUAGAAGCUGACUACCCACUUGACCCACUCCAGAAAAGGUUUGCUCAACUGGAAAAAUCAAAAUCAGAUAAUAGGAAGAGAGUAGGAGAUUUUGGCAAACAUCACCAGUCAAAGAGGUCAAGACCCAGCGGUGGAUUUAGAGGAUUUCGUGGACCUCCUGGUAGGCAGGUGCCACCUGUUUACAACGAGAGGGCUGCAUAUGUAGGAAUGCCGGAAAGGUACCCUCAUGCUGGCCCUAACCCCUACGAUUAUCAAGUCCCGAACCAACCUGCUUAUGCUCCGCAAGCUAAUGAUCAAAGAUUAUACUACUAUUCUCAAGACGACAGAGGUCCUGCUCCCUCGUAUAAUACAGCUACAUCUAACUAUGGUAGCUAUGGUGGUAGCGGAUUGCAACCAUCACACCAGCCAUAUAUGUAAUUCUUGAUGGAAAAGUUCACCAUAGA